AUGGCAGAGAGUUGGCGCUUCCCGCUCAAUGCUCAAUUAGAUAUUGAUCAGAUACUCCUGGAAGCACGACAUCGGUGGCUGCGUCCUGCUGAAAUUUGUGAAAUUCUUCGAAAUUACAAAAAAUUUUGCCUUUCUCCAGAACCUCCUAAUAGACCCCCAAGUGGUUCGCUCUUUCUUUUUGACCGCAAGGUGCUACGAUACUUUCGGAAAGAUGGCCAUAACUGGAGGAAGAAGAGAGAUGGAAAAACUGUGAAGGAGGCUCAUGAAAGGCUCAAGGCUGGAAGUAUUGAUGUAUUACAUUGCUACUAUGCCCAUGGAGAAGAGGACCAAAAUUUUCAAAGGCGCAGCUAUUGGAUGCUUGAAGAGGAGUUGUCUCACAUAGUUCUUGUUCACUACCGGGAGGUAAAGGCAAACAGAACAAAUUUCAAUCACAUUAGGGAGUCUGAAGUUAUUCCUGAUUCCCAAAACCCUAGAGAAAAUUCACACAACUCCGAGGUUGUCAGUUCUGUAUCUUCAGAAUUCCGACCAUAUAGCUAUGAAGGAACCUCGCAAGUUACGGAUUCAGCUAGCCUUAACAGUGCUCAUGCUUCUGAAUUUGAAGAUGCUGAAUCAGUGUAUUGUUACCAACAAAGUCCAGGAUUCCAGUCUUUUGACAAUGUACAGCAACCCAUGGUACAGAAGAUUAGAGAUGGUUCAAUUCCUUACUGUGAUGUCCCUAUAUCAGAUAAUUAUCAAGGACAAUUCUCAGCUAUUACUGGUGCAAGUUUUGAAUCAAUUACACAAAUAGAAAAAAAUAAAAACUCCAUGGAUAAUGGUUUUACAUAUGAACUCCACAGCGACCUUGAUUUCCAAUCUUGGGAAAAUGAUGUGGAAAUCAGUAAUGAUGGCUACCGAGCUUUCAAUUUUCAGCCACCGCUUUCCUCGGCCCAAAGUUCAAUGGGCAUGAUGCUUGGACAAGAAAAUGAAUUGCUGGGUCAAGUUGUUUCUAGUGCCAUUGAUAAAAGGCAAGAGUUUGGAAGCCAUUCCAAUGGCUUAGAAGAGUGGCAGUGGUCCAUGGAUCAGAAGUUGCACGAGAAUUCCAGAUAUGAUCCAUACAGCGAGAUACAUAAUGUUAAUGUUGAGGAGCUGCACGACACCGUUGGGCCUUGCAAUACAUAUCCAGCCAAUCAAAGUAAACGCCCUAUGCAUAGUGAUCAUCAAAAGCAGGAUAUGUCUACUGAACUAGAAAGUUCUCUAGCAUCGGAGUCCUAUGGCAACCUAAAUGUUGAUGACAAUGACAAUUAUCCAGCCUUGAGACAACCUUGCUUAGACGGGCUUCUAAGAGAAGGUCUGAAAAAGCUCGACAGCUUUGACCGUUGGAUGAGUAAAGAACUUGGAGAUGUUACUGAGUCACAAAUGCAACCUGGUUCUGGGCCCUACUGGGAGACAGUUGGAAUUGAAAGUGGAGGUGAUGAUUCUGGUAUUUCUGAUCAAGUGCCGUUGGACAACUAUAUUCUAGGCCCCUCUCUCUCCCAAGACCAGCUCUUUAGCAUAGAUGACUUCUCACCGAACUGGGCAUACGCUGGGUCAGAAAUUAAGGUGGUUAUUAUGGGAAAAUUCUUAAGGAGUCAUGAAGAGGUGGAGAAGUAUAAAUGGGCAUGCAUGUUUGGUGAACUGGAAGUUCCGGCAGAGAUUAUAGCAGAUGGCGUUCUUUGCUGCUGCAUACUCUCACAAAAGACUGGAAGGGUUCCGUUCUAUGUGACAUGUUCUAACAGGCUAGCAUGCAGCGAAGUACGAGAUUUUGAAUUCCGAACUACAGAUGUUCAAGAAGUAGAUAUUGCAGAUGCAGGAAGCGUAAUCUCCGGUGAAACUGUUCUUCACAUGAGAUUUGGGAAAUUUUUGUCUCUUGGAUCUGUCCAAACUUCUGUCCAGAAGGGGGCAGCGGAAAAUGAUUUGUGCAGUAAAAUCAGUUCAUUGCUGAAAGAUGACAAUGAGUGGGAACAGAUGUUAAAACUCACUACGCAGGAUGAAUUUUCAGCUGACAGGGUACAAGACCGGCUAUUGCAAAAGCUUUUAAAGGAGAAGUUGUAUUACUGGCUUCUCCAGAAGGUUGCUGAAGGUGGGAAAGGCCCUAAUAUAUUAGACGAGGGUGGUCAAGGUGUUCUGCAUUUUGCAGCAGCUCUUGGGUAUGACUGGGCUAUAGAACCCACAAUUGCUGCAGGUGUUAGUGUCAAUUUUCGGGAUGCAAAUGGAUGGACUGCACUUCACUGGGCAGCAUAUUAUGGCAGAGAGCGCAUGGUGGCUUUCCUCAUCUCCAUAGAUGCAGCUCCUGGAGCAUUGACGGAUCCCACCCCCAAAUGUCCUUCUGGAAGAACUCCUGCAGACUUAGCAUCCUGCAAUGGACACAAAGGAAUUGCUGGUUAUCUUGCAGAGUCUGCCCUAAGUUACCACCUUUUUUCACUUAACCUGAAGAAUUCAAAGGAGGGUGAUAAUGAAGAAAAAGCUGUAGAAACAUUAUCUGAGCGCACUGCAACUUUAGUUGGUUAUGAUGACUUGCCCCAGGGACUGUCAUUAAAAGAUUCAUUGGCUGCUGUUCGUAAUGCAACUCAAGCUGCAGCUCGCAUUCAUCAAGUCUUCAGAGUACAGUCAUUUCAGAAAAAGCAGACAAAAGAGUAUGGGGACAGUGAAUUUGGAAUGUCAGAUGAGCGUGUGCUUUCACUUCUAUCUGUAAAAGGCAAGAAAACUGGGCGACAUGAUGAACCAAUGCAUUCUGCUGCAAUAUCAAUACAAAAUAAAUUCCGCAGUUGGAAAGGCAGAAAGGAGUAUUUGUUGAUUCGGCAACGAAUUAUUAAAAUUCAGGCCCAUGUGAGAGGACACCAGGUGAGGAAGAACUACAAAAAGAUAAUCUGGUCGGUAGGCAUUCUGGAUAAGGUCAUUUUGCGCUGGCGAAGGAAAGGAAGAGGAUUGAGUUCAUUCAAACCUGAAGCACUUUCUGCAGGUACUAGCGUGCAAUUAACAGAACCAAAGGAGGAUGACUAUGAUUUCUUAAAAGAAGGUAGAAAGCAAACAGAGGAAAGAUUGCAGAAGGCCUUGGCUAGGGUGAAAUCCAUGGUUCAGUACCCAGAGGCUCGAGACCAAUACCGCAGAUUGCUCAAUGUAGUCUCAGAAAUGCAGGAAACAAAGGCCAAGUAUGAUAGGAUCCUGAACAAUCCAGAUGUCGAUUUUGAUGAUGAUCUGAUCGACCUUGAAGCUUUGUUGGAGGAUGACACCUUCAUGCCUACUGCAUCUUAA